AUGGCUCCGCCACCAAGACGGCCAACUGCUUUCGAGGUUUCAUUUCCUGACGAUUUCUUGGUUGAGCAAGAGCUCGAACGGAAAGAGGCUGAGCUCAGCCGCAAAAGAAAAUUGGAAGCAGAAAGUUUAGCUGAGUCCUCGAAACUUGAAGACGCUUUUCGACGUCCUGAACUCCCGGCUCGGUUUUUCACUCUCCCCCCUUCGGCGAAUAAGUGGGUGGUGGAGGCUAACUUUCGUCCACCGGAUGAAGAUGCAGAAUCGGAAGUCAAGCAUAACGGAAAACCCGUUCGUGUCUUAACGAAUUUCUGUAUUUUCGAUGCAACGGAAGCAAAUCUCCUUGCGAAAGCCCAACACCAACUCGUUCUUCCUGACGCGGUGAAGCAGGCUGAUGCACCCACUCGGUUCGCUGUUGGGAUUUACUCCCUUUUUGAAGAUGUCGACGAAGACGUGGGGCAAGAUGAUCACGACCAAGAUCCCGGGUUCAUAACUCUACAUGACAUUUCGCUGUGUGCUGUGGACUAUGCAGAUGCUAAUGCACCAAUAUUCAUCGAGACCAAGUUGGCGUAUUAUGAACUACGGGACCCCUUAACCCAGUACGGGGAUUUAUGGGCCAACUACUUCAUGGCCCCGCGGCGAAUGGCUUGCAGUUUACUUGCUCAAGCGGCUGACCCAAGAUCGACAGUCUUACGGGGCACCCAUCAAGAGCAACAAACAGCUAUACCUUAUAUUCUGGAAGCGUUGGAGGAUGUCGCGUUCGCUCACCUCAAACAAACACCUUUGCUGCGGCAACUCCUCGGUGGCCAUAUGAACGACCGUGUAUUCCGACCUCGAGGAAGUCGUCCGCAAACCCGCUCCAUGGUUGGGAAUCCUGAUAUCGCGCUCCUUCGGCCAGAAAAUCAGCUUCAAACGCACGUGACCCCGCUGAUAUUGAAACUCGCCCGGCCAUAUUUCACGGAGCAGCUUCAUGUUAUUGGUGCACGGGCCCCGCCUGAGGAUACCAAAGCCCAAGCAGCUGCCGCUCGGAAUGUCCUCAAAGAGUUUAUGGAAAUCGCACGAAACCCACCGCCCUCCAUUUCGUAUCCAGUCACACAAGAGCGGAGUCACAGUAGAUUUGGGACAUCACACAUGUUCAGCGAAGCACGCAUCGGAAAUAUUCACUAUAGAGUUGGAGAGUUUGUUCUUGUGCGACGCGGCCCAUGGCGAGAAAUGCCAGCUGCUACGCUGGAAUUGGACCCUGUGAACGAUACGCUUCCCCGCAAAUUCUGGUUCGGCCGCAUCGUUCAUUUCAACUCACGCGACAAUUUUGUUCAUUUGCGAUGGUUAACUCACGGGUCAGAGCUCUUGCUGGGGGACAUGGCCCAUCCGCAGGAGCUGUAUUAUACCCUACUGUGUGAAGACCUCCCGGCUAGCUCCAUUGUUGCCAAGAUCGACGUGUCCAAUACUCCCCACACGAAACCUAACAGUUACUUUGCUCGACGUGUCUACGAUAGUCGGGAUGCGUCGUUCACUGACAUUGACCACGAGCUCGAGGAAAUGUUUCAAAACAGGCAGGCCCCGCAUGGUUGUGUGGACUGUCAUUUCUACGAAAAACGCGAAGCAACGGAACAGUGGAAACUCAUCCGCGAUGACCCCAAUAGUGCUGCGGAUGUCAAGAACGGCAUUUUAUAUCGUGGCUUCAAGUACCAUACGCAUGAAUUCCUUCUUUUUCGAAACGAAGCAGCUAAUGGCCCAGCACAUAUCGGAUACAUCAAGUCUAUUCUCGUUAAUCCACGCCAACUGACACCACAACUCGAACUCUGUCUGGUCCUCCGCAUAUCAGAGUUGAAGGAGAUCAGGAACGACCCCAACAACUUUGAUCCCGAACGGCAUCUGGUAUUGACCGACGAGCGCCGCAAAAUUCCUGUCACCCAAGCCAUUCGACCCAUCCACGUAUAUGCGUUGUCUUUCUUUCGAAACGCAGAUGAAUUGGAGCGAUGGACUCGCUAUUCGCCAUAUAACUUCUAUGUGCACUACCGGCUCCCAUCGCAGAAUUCCGACUCGCGGUCGACGUUAUGGCCAGACAGCAGGCAAACAAUCUCACCCGACACUUUCUACGUUUGCGAGUUUUGUCCCUCAGACAUGUUCCAGCUCCAACAGGCCGAAGAGAAGUUCGAUCAAGACGAAGCCAGCGAGGAUGUCGAUUGCCUGGAUCUGUUUGGCGGGACUGGAGCGUUUAGUUGGGGCAUUUCGGAGGGAACAAGAGGCUGGCUGAAACCAACCCAUCUCGUCGAAAUUACUCCCUCUGCAGCCCGGACUGCACAAAAGAACAGCCCAAAUCUUUCUGUCUACUGCCAGGAUGCUAACAAGAUUCUUGAAUAUUGCAUCAAAUCGUCCGAAUACCACACCAUCACCACGCCAGCUCAGAAUUGGGAUAACAAGACACCCGUUCCGCCUCCGAUGCGGGGAGGUAAAAACACGAAAAUGCGGGCGAUAUUUGCGGGACUGCCGUGCCAGUCACAUUCCGGCCUCAAUAUGUUCCGCAAGGCAGAAGACAAGAAGGGCAACCUGAUUCUUACGACACUGUCGUAUAUCGAUUUUUUCCGCCCCACUUAUGUGUUCCUCGAAAAUGUGCCUGGGUUCCUGCGGUUCAACUUGGGGGCUAGGCAAACCAGUAUCCAUACAGUCGAAGGGGGAGAAGACAUGGGCGGACUGGCAUUGACCUACCGUGCCUUGCUCGAGAUGGAUUAUCAAGUCCGAUGUGGCUUACUACAAGCUGGUUCAUAUGGCGCUGCCCAGAAUCGAAUCCGUUUCUUCCUUGUCGCGGCUAAAUCUGGGCACACCCUUCCGAAAUUACCACAACCAACCCACGACUUUCCGGUGAUCAACCAAUUGAGCAUCAAGCUUCCUUAUGGGCACAAGCCUCCGGACGUGACAGUCAACAAGUUCAAAGAGUUCGUUUUCCCUAUCAAUACCGCCAGAGGGAGAGCUGCGCAUGCAGCGGUUACAAUUGAGGACGCGAUUGGUGACCUGCGGGAAUUCGACUGGAAACACCCGAAUCCGCGCAAGGCUUCGCAAGAGCUAAGGCGGACACUGGAAGUUCGAAAGAACCUUGGUGUCCUGGCAAUAAAAUGCGACCGCGGGAAGGCGUUUUGUGGAUUGGAAGAGGCCGAAUAUAAGCACAUGCCCCGAACCAGUUUCCAAAAAUGGGCACGGGCCCGACCAACACAGAACCUCCAGCAUUUUACACGUUGUUUGCUCCCAAGAACCGUUGAACGUGUUAUUGCAGUACCACUGAAGAGUGGAGCGGAUUACCGAGAUUUGCCAUCGGAUUUGCGGGACGAAUACCAGAGCAGCCAUGCCUUGUCCUUCGUUGGUCGGAAUAUGUUUCGCGGAAACUUGUAUGGUCGCUUGAACGGGUCGGGAUACUUUCCAACAACGGUAACAAACAUCCACCCCACAGCCAAACAGAGCAAGGUUCUGCAUCCAAAUUGCCUGAGGAUGGUGUCCGUUCGCGAGCUAGCAAGAUCACAAGGCUUCCCAGGCAAGUCUGCCGACUGGUUUGUCUUCGAAGCGAAGAACAAUAAUAUCAUCACGAUGCAUCGACAAAUCGGCAAUGCGGUGCCUUUUCCAGUUUCACGGGCAUUGGGUAGAGAGUUGCGGUCGGCUCGGUUGAAAGACUACAAGAAGUUGCAGAGGGAAGACAGUAGUGAUGGUCCCGUCGAUCCGCACGGUAGCAUGUGCUGA